AUGGAAUGGAGCAAGGAUAAUACGCAUGCGACUAGGGAAAUGGCUAGCAUCAACAACAUGGUCAUGCCAAAAGAAAAGUCUGCUAGCGUGUCCAACACGAAGAUGACCGGAGUCGGAAGACUUCUUACGAUAUCGAUGUUUACGGCAUACAAGAAAAAUAAGUGUCAAAAACUCACUGAUGCUCAGAAGGAAAAGAGGAAGAAACGAUCAAAGCAGCUGCUCAGAAGAUUUGCGGCCGGACGACAUUCAAAAAUUCUCUUCACGGAUGAGAAGCUGUUCACGGUGGAACAAGUGGUAAACAAGCAGAACGACCGCGUCUAUGCUGUCUCGAACCCGUACGCGACUCGCAACAACGCAAAUAUUCGAUCGCCUACGAAUUUUCGAAGCGAAAAAGAGACUCGCGAAAGUUACGGAAGACGAAAGCCUUAUAAUUGCGAUGGCGGGCACCUGCACAAGAAAAUAGCUGCUCACGGCAUGUUGCCAAGCGUAGCACGUUCCAAAGUGCGAAAGAAAGGUGAGACAUCUACUAAACAUAGGAUGGAAAAACCACACAACGGCACCUUGAUCGUAAACGUAUUUACAUCUGGUUGUUGA